AUGAAACGACUUACUAAUCAUCUCCAAACUCACGAUAUCUAUGGGUACAGGAGAGAAUACAUUGAGAAUUAUAUUCCAGAACAUUAUAAAAUAAAACGAUUAGUUGAUCAAUGUGAAACAUCAGAAUCAAACGAAAACUAUGAAUAUAUACUUGAUAGUGAUGUGAAAAAAACGAAUGAACGACCAUUAUUUCAAACACAUGGAAAAAUAAUUUAUGCUGCCGAAUGGUUACCUAUCAGUGUCAAUCGACCAGAAAUAUUACUACCAAAAAUUGACGGCAUUCAAGCAAGGAAAGAAGCAUUAUUGUAUGUUCAUUUAAGUCAUCAUACGAAUAUUGUUCGAUCAUUUGGUUUUGUACUUAAUAAUAAUCAUCAGCAUUGUACGAAUUCAAUCAUGUUUCUACAAGAAUAUGCUUCAUUAGGCAAUUUAUAUGAGCUAUUACAAAAUAAAAAUAAAAAUUUCACAGAAAAACUUUUUAUUGAAAUUUUUUUACAAAAUAUUGAUGCGAUGAUCUAUUUGACAUUGAAUGAUGUUGUUCAUGGUGAUUUAGCAUGUCGGAAUAUACUUGUCUUUCGUUUUGAUGAAAUAAAUCUGAAAAAUAUUCUUGUUAAAUUAACUGAUUAUGGUCUUAGUCAGUAUCUAUUCACACAAGAUCGAAGACUACAACUCGAAGAACAAAACAGUCUAUAUCAAGCUCGUUCAUUAGCAGAUUUACAAACAGAACAAUCAGUUGAUGAAGAUCUCGAAUCGGCAGUCAUAAACUCGAUCAUCAAUCAACAGCUUAGCGAGCUUCUAUUGAAUUCUAAUCGAAUAGGAUCAGACCAACUCUCAAUUCCAGUUGAUACAGCUCAAAAUAAUAAUUCAUCGAGAGUACAGGGUGGUAAAUAA